UCAAACCCCACAACUCUCACUUUUACUCUCUCUCUCUCUCUCUUUCUCUCUCUCUCUCCCGUGCUUUUCACUCAUUCAGUUGACACUUGUCUCACUCUGUGACUAGGGUUUCUCUCUUUCGAAAACCCAGUCAGUCCACUCCUCGACCCAAGUUUUUGUACAAUCGAAGCCGAAUCUCGCACUGGCAUUGCGCAAUUCGCAAGAAUUCCGACUGCAACGACGGCGUUUCAGCUCGAUUCCCUCUCUGUUUCUGCUCAAAAGAUGUAUUGAAUCCUCGUCGAUCUGACAUUUGAUCUUGAUUUGGUGAAUGAGAGCGAUGCGCUGAGCAAUGGCGCUUAAGGCUCCGGCUACGAAAGCUGCUGAAAUUGCAGUUGCAUCGAUUGGGCAUGGAUACGAUAUAUCCAUUGAUUUACGGCUCAAGUACUGUAAAGGGGAGUCUCACACUGCUCGAUUGAUUGAAAUCGAUGACGACGAUGGAGGUCGCGAGGUUGUUCUUCCGGGUGGGAUUACCAUCCCAAAUGUUCCCAAAUCGAUUAAAUGCGAUAAAGGAGAGCGCACACGAUUCAGGUCCGAUGUUAUCCCUUUCCAACAGAUGUCAGAGCAGUUCAACCAGGAAAUAUCUUUGACUGGAAAAAUACCCUCGGGUCUCUUCAAUUCUAUGUUUGAAUUCUCAGGUUGUUGGCAGAAAGAUGCAGCCAACACUAAGACCCUUGCUUUUGAUGGGGUGUCCAUCACUCUCUAUUCUGUUGCACUAGAAAAAUCUCAGAUGGUACUGCACGAGAAUGUUAAAAAAGCAGUCCCAUCAUUGUGGGACCCUUCUGCAUUAGCAAGGUUUAUAGAGACAUUUGGAACGCAUAUUGUUGUUGGUGUGAAGAUGGGAGGGAAAGAUGUUAUAUAUGUGAAGCAGCAGCAUUCUUCAACUCUUCAACCGGCUGAUAUACAGAAAAAACUAAAGGAUAUGGCAGAUAAAAGGUUUUUAGACGCCAAUGGUCAGUCUGGUAUGCCUUCGGAACAAGGUUACAAGAAUGGCAAGGUUCGUAACAUGUCUAUGUUUGAAAUCAGGGAGCAGCGGUUGCAGUUUGCAGAUACUAGUCCAUCAAGUACUUAUUCACACAAGGAGGACAUUGUAAGCAUUUGCAAGAGGAGAGGUGGAAGUGAUACGAGAAAUCUAUCACAUAAUGAAUGGUUACAAACUGUUCAGUUGGAGCCUGAUGUGAUCACAAUGUCAUUUAUACCAAUUACCACUCUGUUGAAUGGAGUCCCUGGGAGUGGAUUCUUGAGCCAUGCCAUAAACCUUUAUUUACGAUAUAAACCACCAAUUGAAGAACUCCAUCAGUUUUUGGAGUUUCAGCUGCCGAGGCAAUGGGCACCAGUUUUUAGCGACCUUCCCCUUGGUCCACAGCGGAAGCAACAAAGCAAUGUAUCUCUACAGUUUAGUUUAAUGGGGCCCAAACUUUACGUGAACACCAGUCUGGUUGAUGUGGGAAAGAGGCCAGUGACUGGCCUGCGACUGUAUCUAGAGGGCAAAAGAAGCAACCGUUUGGCCAUUCACUUACAACACCUCUCCUCUCUUCCAAAAAUAUUCCAACUCGAAGAUGAUCCAAAUGGAAACUUUCGUCGCGAUCCCUAUGAUCGUAAAUACUAUGAGAAAGUCCAGUGGAAGAACUUCUCCCAUGUCUGCACUGCCCCUGUGGAGUCCGAUGAGGAUCAUUCAAUAGUAACUGGAGCCCAGUUACAGGUUGAGAAUUAUGGAAUAAAGAAUAUUCUCUUCUUGAGACUCCGCUUCUCUACUGUUUUCAGCGCAGCAAUUGUAAAGCGUCCUGAGUGGGAUGGAUCACCAGGUUUGGCACAUAAGUCCGGACUCAUAUCAACACUAAUCAGCCAUCAUUUUACAACAGUUCAGAAGCCACCUCCACGGCCAGCAGAUGUGAACAUAAACUCUGCCGUUUACCCUGGAGGUCCUCCGGUUCCUAUCCAAGCCUCAAAGCUUCGGAAAUUCGUUGACACAACAGAGAUGGUAAGAGGGCCACAGGAGACUCCAGGUUAUUGGGUUGUCUCUGGGGCAAGGCUAGUGGUUGAGAAGGGCAGGAUAUCACUCCGUGUGAAAUAUUCUUUAUUGACUGUAAUUUUACCUGACGAAGAAGAGUUGGAGGGACAGUAGCGGAUUCCGCUGCUUGUCAAAGAAAAUUGGUAAAAAAAAAGUAGAGAUGGUAUAGAUGUUUGGUGCUGGGAGGAUGAACGGAGGAGAAGCGAGGAUACAGACACGGGCAUCCGGUACUGGAGAGUUGCCGUGGCUGUUGUAUAUUUCAUUUCUCACCUCUCAUGUCAUUUGUUUUUGUAAUGUGGAUUUUUUUGACCUUGACAAGUUUACAACAGGGCAGGGUUCUGCCAUUUGGUAAUUGUAUGGUGUAAAAUUUUGGACUGGGUGAGCUAAGCGUUGGCUUUCGGUAGUGACCAGGCUUGCCGGGCAUGGCGGCCGGAUUUGGAUGAAUUUGCCGGAACAGAAAAACGAGGCGGUAUCGUCGUCUUCCUUGUAAACAAAUAGGGAAGGGAAUCCAUUUUUCGCA